AUGGAAAUAUUCUAUUUAGACAUUGUUAUAUUAAUUAAUCUUCUACUUCAUUCAAUAAUUUUGACGGAAUGUUCUGUUGGAAACUUUGAAAUCGUAAAAGGGAUCCCAAUAGAAAAUGCUAAACUAUAUGCCCACGGCAAGGACUUCUCUUGUUUCGAUGGAACUUUAACUAUUCCUUAUUCAUAUAUUAAUGAUGAUUAUUGUGAUUGUAUUGAUGCAAGUGAUGAGCCAGGUACCUCAGCGUGUCCAAAUGGCACAUUUUACUGUUCAAAUAAAGGACAUUUUCCUUCCGUUGUGCCGUCAUCACGUGUGAAUGAUGGGAUUUGCGAUUGUUGUGAUGGGUCUGAUGAGUGGGCUAGUAAUUUCCAAAAAGAUGCUUGUCAAAACACAUGUGAAAAUCUUAGCCAUGAAGCCAGAGGUGAAGCAAAUAGAGUUCAUGAUUUAUAUGCUCUUGGAUUUAAAAUAAGAGAACAACUUAUUGCUAAAGGCAAAUAUCUUUUAUUACAGAAACAGAAUAAGAUUCUUCACCUUUUGACCAAAACAAAAGAAGCACAGUUUAAUAGAAGUAGUAUGUUCAAUGACAAAGAAAUCGCUAAAGAAAAAGAAAAAAAAGCUAUAGAGGAGGAAAAAUCAAACCAACAAAAUAAAGCAAUCAAAAUAUUUAAUGAAAUUGAUACUAACAAAGACAACAAAAUUGAUGUGGAAGAAGUAAUUGCUUACAGUACUUUUGAUCAAAAUCAAGAUGGCUUGGUUUCACAAGAUGAAAUUAAUUAUUUUAUGGAAAAUAAAAAGGAAUUUGACCUAAAAGAUUUUAUGUCAAAUGGCUGGAAUCGUGUAAACCUGUUAAUUUUUACAAAAUCUUUUGACAAAAAACAACAUCUAGCUAAAAGAAAUGUCAAAAAGGAAAUCCUAAAUCAAGAUUUUAAUCAUAAUGAAACUGAAAAAUAUAAUAUUGAAGAUAUUGAAGCUGUAAGAAUUAAUACAUUAUUAUAUACUGAAAAAACCAAAAUCAUAAUUAAUGAAUCAAAAAAAGCUCGUGAAUUAUUUGAAGAGGCUGACAGAACAGUUAAAGAUCUUCAAAAACAAGUUUAUGAAUUAAAAAAAUCAAUAAGUAAAAAUUUUGGUCCUGAUGAUGAAUUUGCUGCUUUAGAUGGACAGUGCUAUGAACUGACUAAUGAUGAAUACGUGUAUAAAUUAUGUCUAUUUGAAAAGAUAACUCAAAAGCCAUUAAAGGGAGGACCUGAAGUACACUUGGGUGUCUGGAAAGAUUGGGCAAACUUUAUGAAUGACGAACCUCAAUAUCAUACCAUGCUUUAUGAUAGAGGACAACAAUGUUUGAAUCAUUAUCAAAGGUUUGCUUAUGUUCACUUGAGUUGUGGUUUAAAACCGAAACUUAUAUCGGUGUCAGAGCUUAACCGAUGUGAAUACCUAAUGGAAUUUGAAUUGCCCUCAGUAUGUGUAAUAGAAGAUAAUAAAUAUUUAAGAGAACUUGAACGAGAAGAAUUAUAA